CCCUCCGCUACUCCGGCGAGGACUUCCUGGGGCGGCCGGAAGACAACAGCCCGGUCAUAAACGCCAUGGACGUGAACGGGUCGACGUUUGCUGCAUGGGACAGCGGGAACGCGACGUCCCGGAGCUUCUUCCUGUCCCUGGUUGGCACUCUAUUCGGGGAGAUGGCGAUGUACGGCUCGUACAAUUCCACGGUGCGCCGGUUUGCCAGCGCCGUUAUGUACGUCAACCCGCAGCUGCCGACGGUGUACGGCCUGGCGCAGUGCACGCCAGACCUCUCCUCGGGGCAGUGCUGGCACUGCUUCCAGGGCCUCGAGGAGCAGACGCGCCAGUGGUACGAUGGCCGUGAGGGCGGCCGCAUCGUCGGCGUCCGGUGUAAUAUUCGCUAUGAAAGCUACCAGUUCUACGACGGUACGGCCGACGUCAGGAUCGGCUUACAGGGUGGCUCAUCUUCACCAACAGAAAGCAAUGGAAGCAAGCACAGAAAGACCCUAAUCAUCAUUCUAUGCGUGUCCAUUACGGUGUUCAGUUCUAUAUUGGUUUGCUGCCUUCUACUCAUGAGAAGGCUAAGAAAAGGAGCUGGAAAGACAAAAUUAGAACAAGCACAUAAGAGGAACAACUCCAAGACAGUGGAGGCUCUGAAGCUAUGGAAGAUCGAAGAGAGCAGCUCAGAAUUCACCUUGUACGACUUCCCUGAGCUCGCUGCUGCCACGGACAAUUUCUCCGAAGAGAACAAGCUCGGACAAGGCGGCUUCGGUCCGGUGUACAAGGCAAGUGGAUACGCCGUUUACCAUGGAAUGUUUUGUGAUGGAACCGAGGUGGCGGUGAAGAGGCUCGCGGCGCAGUCUGGGCAGGGGCUUGUUGAGUUCAAGAACGAGAUCCAGCUCAUUGCCAAGCUGCAGCACACGAACCUCGUCAAGCUCGUGGGUUGCUGCGUGCAGGAGGAGGAGAAGAUGCUGGUGUACGAGUACAUGCCCAACGGAAGCCUAGACUUCUUUAUCUUCGACCAAGAGAGAGGGCCCUUGUUGGACUGGAAAAAACGGCAACACAUAAUCGAAGGGAUCGCGCAGGGGCUCCUGUACCUCCACAAGCACUCAUGGGUGCGCAUCAUUCACCGGGACAUGAAGGCCAGCAACAUAUUGCUGGACAAAGAUCUCAGCCCCAAGAUCUCCGACUUCGGCAUGGCCAGGAUCUUCGGCUCAAACGUGAUGGAAGUCAACACCAACAGGGUUGUCGGCACCUACGGUUAUAUGGCACCUGAGUAUGCUUCGGAGGGCCUCUUCUCGGUCAAGUCUGACGUCUUCAGCUUUGGUGUGUUGCUGCUGGAGAUAGUGAGCGGCAAGAGGAACAGCAGCGGUCACGGCCAACACUAUGGAGAAUUUGUCAACCUCCUCAGCUACGCAUGGCAGCUGUGGAAGGAUGGGAGAGCGUUGGAGCUGGUCGACCCGACGCUGGGCCACUGCAACGAGCAGGUGACAUACAUGAUGUGGU